GGUGGAGCCAGGAGUUGAGGCGGCCUUCCUCGGUACCCGAGCCGGCCUGAUGAGGGUCGUGAGAUACGCAGGAGUGGAGAGCAGAGUGGCAAAGAGGUUUCUGACCCCGACUGACAAAGACAACCUGUUCACCAUCGAUCACUUCCCUCUGUGGUACCGCCUGGCCGUGGAAAACACUCCUGGACGCUUCUACUAUUACCCCGUCAACGACAAAGGAGUGAAGUAUGUGAUCGCGACGACAGCAGUGACGGUGUCGUCUGAAGGGAAGACGGCGAUGGCUGGAG